AUGGGGUCCAUCGACCUACCAAUCACUAUCGAUGAGUACCCAAGGCAAAAUAUGAAGAUUCUUACCUUUCUGGUUAUCGAUUGCCCCUCCGCCUACAACGUCAUCCUUGGACGCACAGCACUCAAUGUUUUCCAAGCUGUGACAUCUACUUAUCACCUGUCAAUAAAAUUUUCAAUCGAUCAUGGGGUCGGCACAGUAAGGAGCGAGCAGACCGUGGCUAGAGAAUGUUACGUCGCUUCGUUAAAAGAAGUAAAAAUGAAAGAAGUUAUGAUCAUAGAAGGUCUUGACGUUAGAGAUGAGGAGGAAUUAAUCAGUGGGGAACUAGUGGAAGAGUUAAUAGAAGUGUCCAUCAACUCUAACGAUCCAACGAAGACGACUAAGAUUGGUAGCUAG